AAACCCAUCUGGGUCCAAUUUUUUUGUUUGUUUCAACUGCGAGGAUCCCGAAUAAGACAGAAGAAUGAAGACUGCUGAGCUCAGCUAUUAAUUUCGAUGGGUUGCCUGAACUUGAGCAAUGAGACCAGGCAUCCUUACACCGCCCGGACCUCGGCGCCGCUCACCCUCCUGGUGGGCGUCCUCAUCCUGCUGACCGUGUUCGGCAACGUCGUGGUGGUCAUAGCCCUGACCACCAGCCGGGCGCUGAGAGCCCCCCAGAACUUGUUCCUGCUCUCCCUGGCCUGCGCCGACAUCCUGGUGGCCACCUCGGUGAUGCCCUUCUCCCUGGCCAACGAGCUGAUGGGUUACUGGUACUUUGGCAAAGUGUGGUGCGAAAUCUACCUGGCUUUGGACGUCUUUUUCUGCACCUCGUCCAUCGUCCACCUGUGUGCCAUCAGCUUGGACCGAUACUGGUCCAUCACCCGGGCCAUCGAGUACAACCUGCUGAGGACGCCGCGCCGGAUCAAAAGCACCGUCUUUAUCGUUUGGGUGCUGGCGGCCCUUAUUUCCUUCCCGCCUUUAAUCACCAUGAAGAAGGACGAAGGCAAGGAGGACCGGCCGGAAUGCAAAAUUAACGACGAGCUUUGGUACAUUGUCUUCUCCAGCACCGCCUCCUUCUUCGCGCCUUGCGCCAUCAUGGUGCUGGUCUACGUGAGGAUCUACCAGGUCGCCAAGCAGAGAACUCGAGCGCCUCCGGGUGAGAGGUCGAGAGAAAACGGAAACCAGCAGGAUCCAAAGUGCAUCGCCGACGAGCAGGAGGAGGAGGGGAAAGUCCGAGGGGAGGAGGAAGUGGACGAGGAGCAAUCCUCGUCCGACGAGAACGAAGUAGCGUUGUGCUCCCGGACGAAGAAACGGUGGAGAGCCGAAACGGCGGCGGCGGCGAGCAGGUGGAAAGGCAGGCAGCGGCGGGAGAGGCGCCUCACCUUGGUCCUGGCCGUGGUGGUGGGGGUAUUCGUCCUCUGCUGGUUCCCCUUCUUCUUCACGUACACGCUCACGGCCGUGUGCCCGUGCUGCGUGCCCGAGACGCUCUUCAAGAUGUUCUUCUGGUUGGGCUACUGCAACAGCUCCCUCAACCCCGUCAUAUACACCGUGUUCAACCACGACUUCCGCAGGGCCUUUAAAAAGAUUCUCUGCAAAAAGGGACGUUGAUACUUGUAAACAAAACACCUCCCUCGGAGCAUGUUUCAUUUGUUUAUGCAAGGUGGCAUCUGUGGCGUUUGAGGGAAUAUUGCUGUUUGUUGUCACCUCAUAGCAGACCCGGGCAAAAUAUGGAUUUUUAGGACUUUUAAUCCGGCCCACCGGGACGUUCUACAUAAUUUUUUUAGACCUUCAUCAUCAUUGUGAUGUGCAGUGUAGUUUUUAAAGGCCUACUGAAACCCACUACUACAGACCACGCAGUCUGAUAGUUUAUACAUCAAUGAGGAAAUAUUAACAUUGCAACACAUGCCGAUACCGCCGGUUUAGUUUACUAAAUUACAAUUUUUUAUUUCCCGCGCAGUUUCUUGCUGAAAACGUCGCGUGUUUGUGACGUUAUUGGUUGAGCCGACAUUUUUAGCCCAGGACCACCUACGGCUAAAAGUCGUCUCUUUCCAUCGCAUAAUUAUACAGUAAUUUGGACAUCUGUGUUGCUGAAUCUUUUGCAAUUUGUUCAAUUAAUAAUGGAGACGUCAAAGAAGAAUGCUGUUGGUGGAAAGCGGUGGAUUGCAGCAGCCUUUAGCAACCGAAACACUGCCGGUGUUUCUUUGUUUGUUGUGAAGCUUUAGCAAACAUGUUUCUCUACCACAUGUCAACCAACAAGUUUUGGGAUGAGAAAAUUGUGAUAUUAAGUCGGCUCUUACCGGAGACUUGUGCGGAGUUAGCGUCCUCCUGCAGCAGCUGUCAUCUUGGCUCCUCCAUUGGCUUAAUUCUCUCAGAGACACUGGCGUUCACCGCACCACUGCGACUUUCAGGUACGACUUUAUAAUCUCACUAAAACACUAUUAACACAAUAAGCAGAUAAGGGAUUUUCCAGAAUUAUCUAAUAACAUCUGAAUCGCUCCCACUUGCACUCGCCUUUUUUCUCUUUUUUCUAGUGCUUCACUCUAACUUUCCUCAUCCACGAAUCUUUCAUCCUCGCUCAAAUUAAUGGGAAAAUUGUCGCUUUCUCGGUCCGAAUCGCUCUCGUUGCUGGUGGACAUGAUUGUAAACAAUGUGCAUAUGUGAGGAGCUCCACAACCGGUGACGUCACGCGCACAUCGUCUGCUACUUCCGGUACAGGCAAGGCUUUUUUAUUAGCGACCAAAAGUUGCAAACUUUAUCGUCGAUGUUCUCUACUAAAUCCUUCCAGCAAAAAUGUGGCAAUAUCGCGAAUCGAUCAAGUAUGACACAUAGAAGGGACCUGCUAUCCCAGUUUAAAUAAGAAAAUCUCAUUUCAGCAGGCCUUUAAAUGACCGUAAGUCUUGUACUAUACAAAGUGUUUCAAUGGUGGAAAUCUGCACUUUUGGGUGUUACAGGAGUUAUUACGGUAAUGUACGUCAGUGUUUUUCAACCACUGUGUUGCGAUGGGAGAUCAUCGAAUUUCACCUAUUUGGGUUAAGAAUAUAUUCUUGCAAACCAGUAAUUAUAGUCUGCAAAUGAUGUGUUGUUGUUGAGUGUCGGUGCUGUCUAGAGCUCGACAGAGUAACCGCGUAAUACACUUCCAUAUCAGUAGGUAGCUAAUUGCGUUGUAGAUGUCGGAAACAGCGGGAGGCAGGGUGCAGGUAAAAAGGUGUCUACUGCUUGAACCAAAAAUAAACAAAGAGUGAUGAGCCUAAGAGGCUUUGAAGCUUAGGGAAGGCUAGGCAGAACGGAACUAAAACUGAACUGGCUGCAAAGUAAACAAAAACAGAAUGCUGGACGACAGCAAAGACUUACUGUGGAGCAAAGACGGCUUCCACAAAUAAUAAAUUUUAUAUGUGAAAAGCAUUUUAUAUUGAGCAAACAUCCUCAAAGUGCUACAGUGUAUUUUAAAAAAAAAAAAAAAAAAGAUUAAAAAAAAAAAACUAGAACAGCCUAAUAGCUAGUAUGCAUAUAUCUAAAAAAGUUUUUUUUUAAAUGUUUAUUUUUUUUUCUAAAAGAAGGGUUUUUUAAGCCGGGCAGCACGGUGUAGGAGGGGUUAGGGCAUCUGCCUCACAAUAUAAAGGCCCUGAGUAGUCCUGAGUUCAAUCCCGGGCUUGGGAUCUUUCUGUGUGGAGCUUGCAUGUUCUCCCCGUGACUGCGUGGGUUCCCUCCGGGUAGUCCGGCUUCCUCUCACCUCCAAAAACAUGCACCUGGGGAUAGCCCCCUCCCACCUCUAAAGACAUGCACCUGGGGAUAGGUUGAUUGGUAACACUAAAUUGUCCCUAGUGUGUGAAUAUUGUCUGUCUAGCUGUGUUGGCCCUGCAAUGAGGUGGGGACUUGUCCAGGGUGUACGCCGCCUUCCGCCCAUGUGCAGCUGAUAUAGGCUCCAGCCACCCCCCGCGACCCCGAACGGGACAAACCGGUAGAAAAUAGAUGGAUGGAUGGAUUUUUAAGCCUUUUUUAAAAGCACACACAGUCUGUGGUGCCCUCAGGUGGUCAGGGAGAGCGUUCCACUAAACUGGAAAAACCCGGUCCCCCCAUUGUUCGUAGCUUUGUCCUCGGAGGUUGGAGGAGGUUAGCCGGAGUGGAGGUGUCGUUAGGAGGAUUUGGGGGUGAGCAGUUGUUUGAGGUAGAGAGGGGGGCAUUUCCAUGGAGGUACAAAGUGCAUCCGAACAUGACAUGACAAUCGACAAUGUCUCCACAAAGAAGGGGUAAAAAACUGGAAUAUUCUUGAUCGCUAAAACAAAAUACAGUUUCGCUCAACGGAAGACAUGAAACUGUUACAGGAAAAUAUCAAAAAAAGAGAGAAAGCCACCAAAAUAAGAACUAGAACUACACACGAGAAAACAGCAAACAAGUCCAAAUAAGUCAGGAUGUGAUGUGACAGGUGGUGACAGUACACCUACUCUGAGACAAGAGCUAUAGUGAUGCAUGCUUGGUUAUGCUUUAAAGUCAUUCCCAAUAAAUACGACAUUUUACUGUCAACUGAGUUUCGUUAUUUUAGUGAUUUCUGCCGGUGGUGUGCCGCCGCAUUUUUUCAGCGCAAAAAAUGUGCCUUGGAUCAAAAAAGGUUGAAAAACACUGAUCUAGAUCACAGCAGCUCAGACCAGGAACAAAGCAGAGUGUGGCCUGUAUCAGGAACAGAAGCAGAAGCACAUUUUUACAACAAAGUUCUGCAUAAAAGUGAUAAUAUAUCAUAUUGUAGUUGUUUAUUACAUUUUUUACAAUUUCUUACAUUUUUGUUGUGAUUUUCUUGAUUGUAAAUAAGUCUGAGAAGUAAAACAUGUUCAUAUGUUGUUAAUAUUCAGUGUUUUAUUGUUCAUAGUUAAUAUUGUAAAUCCCAGUAAAAGAGGAGCGAUGUUCACAUGUUGUCAAUAUUCAGUGUUUUAUUGUUCAUAGUUAAUAUUGUAAAUCCCCCUUCUUUAUUUCCAUGAACAUUUUGGGUGUCUCAUUCAGUAAAAAAAACUUAAAAUUCCAUUCAAUUGUUUUAUUUAAGGUGGUCUGUCAUAACUUUUUAGAACUCUAUCGGACAUUGUUACUUUUGGUAUUAGUGUUCCUGAAAAAAAGGGACCUAAACACACAAAAUGUACAGCAGCUAAAUGUGUAUAUAUCAUUUAUACACACAUUUUUUUAGACCUCUAACAUCAAAACUGCCAUUAUGAUGUGCAGUGUUGUUUAUAAAUGACCGUCAGUCUUGAACUAUAGAAAGUAUUUCAAUGGUUGAAAUGUGUCAGGAAGCAAAUAUUUUUACAACAAAUUUCUGCAUAAAAGUGAUAAUAUAUCAUAUUGUAGGUGUUUAUUACCCUUAGCAUUCAUAUUUUGCUGUUUGUUAUGUUUAUGUUGUGUUUUGCUUGAUUAUAAAAUAUGUCUAUUGAGGAGCUGGUCUGAGAAGUAAAAGAUGUUCACAUGUUGUCAAUAUUCAGUGUUUUAUUGUUCAUAGUUAAUAUUGUAAAUCCCCUUUCUUUAUUUUCAUGAACAUUUUGGGUGUCUCAUUCAGUAAAAAAAAACUUAAAAUUCCAUUCAAUUGUUUUAUUUAAGGUGGUCUGUCAUAACUUUUUAGAACUCUAUCGGACAUUGUGACUUUUGGUAUUAGUGUUCCUGAAAAAAAGGGACCUAAACACACAAAAUGUACAGCAGAUUUUUACAGCUAAAUGUGUAAAUAUCAUUUAUACACACAUUUUUUUAGACCUCUAACAUCAAAACUGCCAUUAUGAUGUGCAGUGUUGUUUUUAAAUGACCGUCAGUCUUGAACUAUAGAAAGUAGUUCAAUGGUUGAAAUGUGUCAGGAAGCACAUUUUUAUACAACAAAUUUCUGCAUAAAAGUGAUAAUAUAUCAUAUUGUAGGUGUUUAUUACCCUUUACAUUCAUAUUUUGCUGUUUGUUAUGUUUAUGUUGUGUUUUGCUUGAUUGUAAAAUAUGUCUAUGGAGGAGCUGGUCUGAGAAGUAAAAUAUGUUCAUAUGUUGUUAAUAUUCAGUGUUUUAUUGUUCAUAGUUAAUAUUGUAAAUUCCAGUAAAAUAGGAGCAAUGUUCACAUGUUGUCAGUAUUCAGUGUUUUAUUGUUCAUAGUUAAUAUUGUAAAUCCCCUUUUUUUAUUUUCAUGAACAUUUUGGGUUUCUCAUUCAGUAAAAAAAAACUUAAAAUUCCAUUCAAUUGUUUUAUUUAAGGUGGUCCGUCAUAACUUUUUAGAACUCUAUCGGACAUUGUGACUUUUGGUAUUAGUGUUCCUGAAAAAAAGGGACCUAAACACACAAAAUGCACGGCAGAUUUUUACAGCUAAAUGUGUAUAUAUCAUUUAUACACACAUUUUUUUAGACCUCUAACAUCAAAACUGCCAUUAUGAUGUGCAGCGUUGUUUUUAAAUGACUGUCAGUCUUGAACUAUAGAAAGUAUUUCAAUGGUUGAAAUGUGUCAGGAAGCACAAUUUUUUACAACAAAUUUCUGCAUAAAAGUGAUAAUAUAUCAUAUUGUAGGUGUUUAUUACCCUUUAUAUUCAUGUUUUGCUGUUUGUUAUGUUUAUGUUGUGUUUUGCUUGAUUGUAAAAUAUGUCUAUUAAGUUGUUGUUGAUAUUCAGUGUUUUAUUGUUCAUAGUUAAUAUUGUAAAUCCCAGUAAAAGA